CAAAUACUCAAUAAUCCAAAUCACCAACAACAUCAAUGGCAACUACGGUGAGCCUCCGGCCAUUUGAUCUCUCCGACCUUGAUGACUUUUGGGUUUGGGCCUCUGAUAAGGACGUAGCGUCCAACUGCGGUUGGGAAGCCUACACGAGCAAAGACGAGCUUAGACGAUUCAUGGAAGAGAAUGUUCUCCCGAGUCCAUGGUUCCGUGCUAUUAUUGUCAGUGGCCGGCCAGUCGGCCAGGUGUUACUAAUGUCUUCAGAGGGGUCAGGCAGCCAGUGCCGCCGCGAGAUAGGAUAUGUGUUAGCAAGAGAGUGGUGGGGGAAAGGGGUGGCGACAGCGGCGGUAAGGAUUGCGACGGAGGCAGCGAUGUCUGAAAUAAAGGGAUUGGAGAGAUUGGAGGCUUUAGUAGAGGAGGGGAAUAAGGCAUCUCAAAGGGUUUUGGAGAAGGUAGGAUUUCAAAGAGAAGGGUUGCUGAGAAAGUAUUGGUGGAAUAAAGGGCUGUUGAGAGAUAUGGUUUUGUAUAGUUUCGUAAGGGGAGAUAGUUUCCUCAUUUGAAUCAGUUCUUCUGCCAUUUUAGCAAAUCUGAGAGCUUGUUUUCAUGGUUUUGGUUCUGUUUGUUCCAGUUUGAAAGCAUCUGACACAUGGAAAAUAAAGCUAAAAUUUUUAUGUAAAUCACAAAUUUCUUUUAAUUUUUUUUUCUUAUGUUUAAAAACGGCAUGUUAAUUUAAUGUAAACGAUGCUUGAUUAAUCAUCCAAAAAAUUGAAUAAUAUAUGCAUGAGGUGUCAGAAAAAAAAAAACUACUAGUUCCACCGAAUUCAUGCUUGCAGCAUUUGUUGUCUACUUGUUUAUUAAGUGAAUUGAGUUCACUUAAGCAUCACCUUCCUGUUUUUCUUAUAUGCUGGGAGUAUGUUUUUGUUUUUGGGGCAAUGAUGUUCAGGGAACGUCCUCCCCCCAGGAAGGCAAUUUUUUGCAACGAACUUUGUUUUUGAUGGCAAUUAAGGCAACCGGGGGUAUGCGUAGUUGGAGGUUGUUCUCUGUUUUUUAUGCUGAGCCCGUAAGCAUCAAUGCUUCUCCUCU